AACAUGAAGCUGACUAUUCUAUUUCUGGUCAUUUGUGUGGCUCUUUCCCAACAGCAAUUCUAUCAUCCCCGUAUGAUGAUGGGUUACCCCUGGAUGUCGCCCUCAUUUGCCCGACGACCCAUGUUCUUCAACAACUAUAUGGACCAUUAUCCCUAUGUAGGAGAAGCCAACAAUAUUCAAGCGAGAGUUAAGGGAUACGAGCCCUUGCCCCAAGAUGUGUUCAUGGGACAAGACGAAACGGGACAAAAUCGAUUUCUAUUCAACUCGGGCUCCUCUUCCAUUGGAAAUCCCUUGUUAAAAACUGUUACCUUCACGAUCACGUCAACUUGCACGGCACUGAGCGUCACGACGUGCGUUGCUAUCUCCAACCUUUCACCGAAUCCGGUUGCAUGCGCCGGACGAAGAAGACGAUUCGCCGAAUACAAUGACGAGCAGGGCGAGGACAUUGCAGCCCAAUAUCCCAUCGUUCCCAGCGAAGUUCGAAUUGUGAUGCCAACGGCUGAGCCCAGCACAGGUCUAGCCCGCAAUACACGCGAAUUGCCAUUUCGCAUCUCUUCUUCGCUGGACGAAGACGGUGAAUCGAACAGCUUCGCCAGCACAGACAUGCAGCUACGUGGUAAACGAUUCUUCAACUGGAACGCUUUUGCGACAGGAGUAACUGUAACGAGCUGGUCAGUCGUUUCGAGCACUUUCACGUCGACCCUUGCUAUUCCUGGCGUCAGUACCGUCCUUCCCUGUUUACCAGCUGGCUACGGUGUUUGCCAAAUUGCGGUUGGCAAAUAAAGCGUAAUAACAGAAGCCAAUACAAGCCGUUUGCA